UCAUGCCUGACUGUAGAUUUCAGUUGCUGCUGUGUUGUUGUGUAGCUAUCAAAAACAUCAAAUCAUGCCCAGUGAGACAGCCGUUAAAAGAAUGCCUUUGCAUUGACUACACGCGCUUAAAUUACCCUUUUAAACUUGUGUACAGUCUUGACAACGUGUCUAACCGCGCGGUCGUAGUGUUAGUUGGGCUCCGUGGAGCGUUUUUGUGCUGAUCCGAGGCCUUGUCGCAAACCCAACCGCUCGCAAAGUCUCGCAUAACCGUCAGGGAUUUCAUGUUGAAGUCGUCAGGUUUUUGGUUAGAAUUUAGUGUUUCCCCGUCGGAAGAUGGACACUGACAAAUUCAACUAUGUUUACAGCUGUGACUUGGACAUCAACGUCCAACUUAAGAUAGGAAGCUUGGAAGGAAAGCGGGAGCAGAAGAGCUACAGAGCGCUGCUCGAAGACCCGAUGCUGCGCUUCUCCGGCCUCUACCAGGAGAACUGCUCGGACCUCUAUGUCACCUGUCAGGUGUUUGCUGAAGGAAAACCUCUUGCUCUCCCCGUUCGCACCUCGUACAAACCGUUCAGCACACGUUGGAACUGGAAUGAGUGGCUGCGGCUACCGGUCAAGUACCCAGACCUUCCCCAAAGUGCCCAAGUUGCCCUCACAGUGUGGGACAUAUAUGGGCCCGGGCGAGCCGUCCCUGUUGGGGGAACAACUGUUACUUUAUUUGGCAAAUAUGGCAUGUUUCGGCAAGGGAUGCACGACCUGAAGGUUUGGCCCGGGGUGGAGGGGGACGGAGGGGAGCCCACCACCACGCCAGGACGCACCAGCAGCAGCCUGGCAGAGGACCAGAUGGGGAGACUCGCUAAGGGCCCUGACCUGGAGGUACUCAGUGAUCUGACGAAGGCUCACCGACAGGGCCACAUGGUGAAGGUGGACUGGCUGGACCGUCUCACCUUCAGAGAGAUAGAGAUGAUCAACGAGAGUGAGAAGCGCAGCUCUAACUUCAUGUACCUCAUGGUGGAGUUUCCUCGUGUCAAAACAAAUGACAAGGAAUACAGCAUUGUCUAUUACGAGAAGGACGGAGAUGACACGUCGCCCGUUCUUACCAGCUGUGACAUCGUCAAAGUUCCCGACCCACAGAUGGCGAUGGAAAACCUGGUGGAGAGCAAACAUCACAAACUGGCUCGUAGCCUUCGCAGUGGGCCCUCGGAUCAUGACCUGAAGCCCAACGCUGCCACACGUGACCAGCUCAAUAUCAUCGUUAGCUACCCUCCAACCAAGCAGCUGACCUCUGAAGAGCAGGACCUGGUGUGGAAGUUCAGGUACUACCUCACCACACAGGAGAAGGCCCUGACGAAGUUCCUGAAGUGCGUGAACUGGGAUCUGCCGCAGGAGGCCAAGCAGGCUCUUGAGCUGCUGGGGAAGUGGCGGCCCAUGGACGUGGAGGACUCCCUGGAGCUGCUGUCCUCCCAUUUCACAAACCCCACAGUGAGACGCUACGCCGUGGCGCGCCUGCAGCAGGCUGAUGAUGAGGACCUUCUGAUGUACCUUCUCCAGCUGGUCCAGGCGCUCAAGUAUGAGAACUUCCGUGAUAUUCAGGGGGGCUUGGACCCCGGCAAGAGAGACACCCAGGGACUUACAGAUGACUCCACAAUGGACAGUUCUCAGUCUGCUUCUGGUACAUCUGGACCGCCCACUGUCUCACAGAAAGGCAAAGAAGGAGCCGACAGUGAGACUCUAGAGCAAGACCUGUGUACGUUCCUCAUCUCGCGCGCUUGCAAGAACUCUACGCUAGCCAACUACUUGUACUGGUACGUGAUUGUGGAGUGUGAGGAUCAAGACACCCAGCAGAGAGAUCCGAAAACCCAUGAGAUGUACCUGAACGUCAUGAGGAGGUUCAGUCAGGCGUUACUCAAGGGUGAUAAGAGUGUGAGGGUGAUGCGGUCACUCUUAGCCGCCCAGCAGACGUUUGUAGACAGACUGGUGCAGCUGAUGAAAGCUGUCCAGCGGGAGAGUGGAAAUCGCAAGAAGAAGACAGAGCGGCUGCAGGCUCUGCUGGCUGACAAUGAGAAGGUGAAUCUCUCCGAAAUUGAGCCGAUUCCACUUCCUCUGGAGCCUCAGAUCAGGAUCAGAGGCAUCGUCCCGGAGACAGCAACGCUCUUUAAGAGUGCUCUGAUGCCAGCCAAACUCAUCUUCAAGGCGGAGGACGGAGCCAUGUACCCUGUGAUCUUCAAACACGGAGACGACCUGAGACAAGACCAGCUCAUCCUGCAGAUCAUCUCACUCAUGGACAAACUGUUGAGGAAAGAGAAUUUGGACCUGAAGUUGACGCCCUACAAGGUUCUAGCCACCAGCACUAAACAUGGUUUUAUGCAGUUUGUCCAGUCGGUUCCUGUUGCUGAAGUCCUGGCUACUGAAGGCAACAUCCAGAGCUUCUUCAGGAAGCAUGCACCCAGCGAAAAAGGACCGUACGGCAUCAGCUUGGAGGUGAUGGACACCUACGUGAAGAGCUGCGCUGGUUACUGUGUCAUCACUUACAUCCUGGGAGUUGGAGACAGACAUCUGGACAACCUGCUUCUGACCAAGACUGGGAAGCUCUUCCACAUCGACUUCGGCUACAUCCUGGGACGAGACCCCAAACCGCUGCCUCCACCCAUGAAGCUGAGUAAAGAGAUGGUGGAGGGGAUGGGGGGCAUGCAGAGUGAGCAGUACCAGGAGUUCAGGAAGCAGUGCUACACCGCAUUCCUUCACCUAAGGAGAUACUCCAACCUGAUCCUCAAUCUGUUCUCACUCAUGGUGGAUGCCAAUAUUCCCGACAUCGCUCUGGAGCCUGACAAGACUGUCAAGAAGGUGCAGGACAAGUUCAGGCUGGACCUGUCGGAUGAGGAGGCGGUCCACUACAUGCAGAGUCUGAUUGAUGAGAGCGUGGGUGCUCUGUUUGCUGCAGUGGUCGAGCAGAUACACAAGUUUGCUCAGUAUUGGCGCAGAUGAACAGAGCAGAGACGGCUGAGACGAGGUUGAACUGGAUGGAAAUUCUGCAGCAGAAACACAUGAUGAUAAGGCUCUGGCCCCACUGACGCCGUGUGUGUGUGUGUGUGUGUGUGUGUGUGUGUGUGUGUGUGUGUGAGUGUGUAUCUGUGAGUGAGCUUGUGUGUGUGUGUGUGCACGCGAAGACGGAAGAAAGAAACCCAGUGACACUGUUAAAAAGGCCAAGAAUGCACUGCCAACCUUUACUGCAAGACGGUGAAACAAAGACACAAACGCCUUUGUUCGCUCCUGUAUAUAUCAUGUAUAUUAAUUAUUGAAUGAAUGAUUGAAAUGUAAGGCCAAAUAAAAGACUGUUGUUACAA